AUGGGAACAGGAACGGUUCAUAUCCAGCCAGAUACUAUGCAUCAUACGCCAUUGCAUCGUAUGGACUUGACAGCUAUCAAGCAGGAACUUGCUGAUUCUUUGGGUCCAUUUCAUGCACCGGCUUACUGGUCAUUACUGCGUUCAUUCUUGAAUGGUCGCUGCUCUAAACAGAGCUUUGAUAUGGCGACAGUGGACAUGCUUACUGGUGUUCAAGCGAGUCUACACAACAAACUCAUCUUGGCCAUAUGCUACAACUUACAAGCUGGUGUUCCUCCACCAACUGGCCCACCCGACACUGACUUUGUUCCAAAGAAUAGUCUGGCAUUUGCUGCUCCCAUCGAAAUAUCCGUCACUUCGAUCGCAGACUCUUUGAAACGUCCUGCUCAGGAAGAACUGCUAUCUCCCAUGGAGAUCAAGAAACGCUUUACCACUGCCAUGAUCAUGUCGCUUUCUUCUCAAGAUCGUCAACGACUCAUUGGACUGGGUAUUGUGAAGCAUAAAGAUGAACCGGUUUUGCCGCCUUCCAAGAAAGUGCUCUUUCCAAACGGAUUCCCUGUUGGUAUGCAUACUUGCUCUAGUCUCGGUUCUAAUGUAACGUUUGAAUGUCCAGAUUUGCAAACAGUAACUCACUCCAACAUCACGACAUUAGGAAUAGAUUCGAUUCCUAGGUCAUGCAAGGAUGAAGGCGAUCUUCCAUUGAUGGAUAUGCUUGAGCAACGACUCCGGUUUAUAAGUGGAAUUCAAGGACUGGGAGAUCCACCUACGCCGGAAUCAGCCAAACUGAUUUCAUUUGCACUUGAUAAUUAUCUCAAGAACUUGUUGCAGGCUAUUUUGCGAGCACUGACUCCGCUCCGUGCUAUGCGUACCACGACUGCUAGUGAUUAUGCACCGACCGAUCCGUUGGUAGCUGCGUCGUUGCAAUGUAAACCAAACCCAAAAAAGCGUGCAUUGAUUACUACAAAGACAUCCAAGUCGGUUGUAAACGGAUCGGAUUUGGUGAUGACCAAUACAUCCAAAUCUGGCGACAAUGCAGUCCAGUCGAUGUGUACAACGACGGAUUGGUCAGCAUCACAGUUGACAGAUUGUCACGUCAAGCCAUCUCAAUGCACACUGGCAUCGACGAUUUCAUCACUUGAAGCACUUGAAGCACUGCACCGGCCUUUUGGGUUAGACGAGCUACGAUUUGUGUUUGAUUUUUUGCCACAAAUGGAAACCGAGACACUGGAGCGUAUUGCACUCGAGGCAUUAUGA